ACUUUCACUUACACACCCAGCAGAUAACAGUGGGAACUAAUAAUACUGCUGUAACAACAAUGUCGGGAUAGCGGUGACUGUGAAUUCACAGGGAAACAUCUCGUGUUGGGUGGCAGGCUUGAUCAGAUCCUGUAGUUUCCUCACCAUAUCAUCAGGCGUCUGCACAGGGAAUAUGCCAGCCUUCCUAAAUGAGCUCUGAAGACUUGUAGCGCUGAGAGCCUGGGGGUAAACUUCAUAAGCCAAUGCACAUGCAUCAUAUUUUGUCACCAUUCUAUGAUUCUGCCUUGCAAAUGUGCUGCACUUUUGACUGUAUAUAACCUGGAAUGGCCCGAAGCAACCUACAUCCAUAGGUUGGAGGAUGUGAGGGGGUAAAACAAACAAUACAAUGUUAUGUUCCUUGGCCCAGUCUAUCAGGUCGAUGGCUAUGUGACUAUUAUGGCCAUCAUACAAGACUAACAUGGUUUCAUCACAUCCCUCCCUUGGCAGUACUUUAGAAAAUGGUGCUUUAGGUACCGACUGAAAAUAGCUGAGUUUGACCAUCCCUUAGGUGACAUCUCUGCAUCAGUUCCUGGUGUCUUCCCCUCCAAAAGGCCCUCGGUGAGACGAGCUCCCGGAAAAACAAAAUACGGGGGUAUGUGAUGCCCCAAAGCAUUGCCAGCUCCAAUGAUGGUGAUCGUCUGGCCUCUCUCUGGGACAACAGCUUGUGGGUGGAAUUCCUUCCCUGCUACAACAUUAGGUGGCUUAAACUCAGUGUUGACCCCCUUCUCAUCAAUAUUAUAGAUGAGGUGAGGUUUGUCCGCCAAACCAUACUUUGAGAUAAUGUUAUUCAGUUCUGUAAAGUAUGCCUUCACCACUUCCUCACUGGCACACCUUGCUCUCGACUCAGACAAUGUGGAAGGGCGCACAACCUUUAGCUCUGGCCAUCUCCCCAUGAAGUUGUAAAACCACUUCAUGCUGAAGGGCUGUUCCUUCUGCUGUUUCUUCAGGGCCACCACAUACUCUGAUGCCAGGUUGAUAACCUCAGCCCUUCUAUAGCCAUACCCCACACUUGCCAACUCUUUAAUGUGAUUCACCAGCCUAGCCUCCUCUUCCAAGUUGAGUGCAGGAUCUGGUCCGGAAUUAGUUACAGCUAUUGAGAGCUCCUGAAAAGACAUGAAAAUAAAACGUGAAUUAUUCCGUUCAUUAAAUCAUCAGGCCAUGUGAAGAUGUGAAAUGAACCUGUUGUGAAUAAAUAGCAAUCAAAUACUGAUUAAAUCCUAAUAAAUUACCUGCCACUCUGUCUCUCAAAGUUGUGAGUGGGACUCUGUACAGCUUAGAGGCUUUGUAGGCAGACACCCCUUCCUCUUUCACCAUUCUGUAGGCAUUUGCCAUGUCAUCGGGGCUCCAGGCUCUCAGCUUGGCUGGCCUGUUGGGCUGCUUAAGUUGUAAUGAGAUACAACAUGAUUGAUCACGUUCAAUAAAAAACGAUAAAAAUGAUUUAAAAAAUGGCAGAUAUGCGCUUCCGUAGUUAAAAAAUUAUGCCAGGUAUCCCCAUUACGUCACGUGCUAUUUUGAGCUCAACACGUAAACUUCCUGUUGUUAUCAAUACAAAUGAAAAGCGAUGGCUAUUUGUGCGUUUAUUCACUGAUUUGUGAAUGGGAAAAAGUUACCAUAGGCUGAGAUAGUGAGGUAAGGCAUUCAUAUUGUUAUUUAAACGUAUCUCUUACCUUAAUUCGUAACAUUUUCUUGACUUUUGGCACAAGAUAGCAGAACAGCAGAUGAAACUCUGUAGGGCUUUUCCUCUGUCAAAAACGCACGCGCGGUCUCAUGAGAAACGCGAUUAUGCAAAUGCUAUCAAGAAUAGGUUUCUAUCGAGAACAGGUGAUGAGAUAUUACUAAAUAAUCAGUGGUGCUGCUGUAAUUUCAGACAUUAUUCAGUGUAGAACUGACUGGGAUGCAGCCUGAAACUUCUAGAAGGUGGAUUGUGAGGUGAAUGAGUUGUUUGUGCGCGUGAUGUUUAUUCAUGUCACUGUCUUAUGCAUGUGCACCUUGUAAUGAGGCGGAGAGCGAUCAUGGCAGGAUGGUGUUGCCUGGAGUCUUCCCUUGAUCGCUCGUCUAAACUCGGACUUGAGGUGUUGCAGAGAGCCAAAAGACGGUCAGAAACCUGGAAGAGUGUCGGAUCAUCUCAUCGCAAUGAUUCUGGCACCGAGAAACACACGGAGGGUUGUGGUGGAUCAGGGGCCUCUCCCAGGAAUGGGCACAAGGAGCUUCUGGAACACCCAGCUGCCCAUGUGACAUUGGAUAAUGCUUUUGCAAAAAUAGUGGAGUGCAUGUCUGAAACCAGCAAUCAGUGCAAGAAGUUUUACAGGUCUGGAAGUACACCAGAGCUUCAUGAACAGGAGCGAACCCAUGUGUGUCGCUUUCAUGCUAAGCAGCUUCAACAGACUUCAAGACAAAUUCCAACCUCUACCUUAACCUCUAAAAGGGCUCAUUACACUGGUUUGUCCGAGCCAGAAGAUUUCCUUAUUGAAGUGUCUCCGGGCACUUAUGCCAUCACAGCAGCAAUGCAGGAUGCCUGCCCACAGACCCAGGUGGUGCACAUCAAUUCAGGGGAGAGCAGGAGACUCACGUUCAGCCUUUGACCUCAAGCUCCUAUCCUCAGGGUUUGACAAAAUGUUUCCAAAUACAGUGAAUCAUCUGGUCAUCUAAAAGCAGUCUCAUUUCAUUGCACUGAAAAUGAAAUUUUGAACUGAAUUUAAGCUCUUUGAUGCACUUAAUGAAAUGUAAAAUGUGCCUAAAUGUAAUGUGUAUAUGUACUACUCAGGGUAUGUUCAUCAGCAGUACUAAAUUUUAACAGUGAUGAUCAGAUUAUGUGCAAUACAACUUUUGCCUUUUAUUUUGUGAACCUUUGGUGCAGAAAUAAACACAUAUAUAGAUUUUGACAGUAUUUUGCUGCAGGUUAUUGUAGGAGUUACAUUUUUCUCUUAUAAUUCACAGCACUAUCAAUCAAUUACUAUGCAUUAGGGCUGCAACAUAUAUUUGACAGGUUAUUUUAAAAAUGCAUUUAAAAAUAUGAAAAAAGGUAUUCAUGAAAUUUCAGAAGCAUCCUACUCAGGCUUCUGAGUGUAUAAAUUUAAACAUAAGAAGACUAACUAAUUAGUCUUGGUCUAAGACUAGCUUAAUUAGUUUUAUGACUUGAAGUAAUAUCAUUUGCAUGGAUUACUGCAUUUAUAGUGUAUUUACAUGUACAGCAUUUAGCAGAUGCCUUUAUCCAGAGUGACUUGCGGAAGUGCUUUGUAGUCUCUAUUAAAGCAUCCCCAUACUAGUUCACUAGGUCAAGGACUAAGAAUACCAUUGAGAAUUUUGUGAAACCCAGAUAUUUUUUUUAUUAGCAUUGAUUUAAAUAAUAUGAAAAAUAAAGUCAGCAAGCCAAAACAAAUCAAUAAAUUAAUCAGUCACUUUUAUAUAUAUAAUUUUUUAAACAAACAAAUGCAAAAAAACACCUGUAUAAACAGAGGAUGGGCUGUAUGGGUGCAUAGCUGUAAGCCUUAUGGCCAAGUGCCUCUGGCUGAAGGAAGAUUGAGGUUACGCUUAUGAGGGAAAGGACCUUAAUUUUUUUCAUAGGAUGAAAACUAGCUUACACAUCGGUUCCAUUUGUCGUGGCAUCUUCUUUUAACACCGUGCAACAAUUCCAGCACAGUUUGAAAAUAGUGGUUUCCCUGUGUGACACACUUGGUGUCCAUGAUCACCUGGAUACAGUGCAGAUUUUUCCCCUCUAUUUCCAUAUCACACCAUUUUCUUUUCAUCCCAUUUAAUUCAUGCCUAAUUCACCUUUUCUGUAAUUUGUUUCUAGAUGUUGACCUUUAAGGUGCUGUUACACUGCUAAAUAUUUUCGACUGGCAUAGGAGGAUGUCAAAAUGAUGUCCACCUCAGCCUUUCUGCCUUUUCUUUCACCGUUUUGUGUUUCAAGACUGAGUUUAGCUCAUGCUACGGUACAAAUAUCGUUUAUCCCCAUGAUUUGUCAAAUUAUUUGUGUACAUCACAAAACAGCUAUUAAUGUGCAAGAUAUUCACCAGUCACUGACAAAACAUGUAAAUAAAA